ACCGACGCCAGAGGGCGGUGCAUACUGGGUGAUGAAGUUCCCUUGAAAGUGCGCACGAGUGCAUUUUGAGCGCACAAAAUCAUGUCUUUAACCAGCUCUAUUUCCAUCCCGCUGCUUUUGCUUUUAUGUGCUGUUUUAUUGUCAGUUACUGACGCAGAAGAGUGCGAAGUGUGUGUGGGGUUUUUGGGUCGGCUUUAUAACUCACUGGUGAUCAGACACACAGAACUGUCCCCAGAGCUGGUGGAGGAGGGCCUGAACAGAGCCUGCGCCGAGACUACUGGGAAAGAGAAUCGGCUUUGUUACUACCUGGGAGCUUCCAGUGAUUCUGCAGCCAAAGUGACAGGUGAGGUGAUUCGCCCCCUCAGUGCACAUGUUCCUGUCCACAAAAUCUGCCAGAGGCUUCAGCGCAGGGACGGCCAGAUCUGUGAGCUCAGAUAUGAGCGUCCGGUUCUUGACUGGAGCAGAGAAGCUUUGUCUAAAAUGCGAGUGUUGGAGCUGAAGAGAGUCUUGGCCUCAUGGGGAGAAGAUUGCAGAGCCUGUCUGGAGAAGAGUGAAUUUAUCGCCCUCAUCCAGGAGGUGGCCCCCAAACACAGCUCUGCACAGUACAGAACACACACGGAGGAGUUCUGAGGGCCUCCUCGUGCAGCUCCAUGCUGGAGACACAGAGUUCUAAGGAGAGGGCCUCCCUGUGCAGCUACAUGCUAGGGACACACAGGAGGGGCAGCACGUGCAGCUACUCUCAGGGACACUUUUGAAAAUGCACCGAGACUCCUAACUUACAAUGCUUUUUAUAAUGUUAAUUGCGAGUAGCCUGUGCAAUAUGUGCACAUUUCCCCAGUGUCUCAUUCUCCUUUACCACUGUAAGCAUUUUCACCCGCACACUCAAAAUAAAUGACUAAGCUUUA